GUUGCUGAGGAGCUUCUCUGCACAUACCGUUAAACAGUCCUGGAGCAGGAGGCAGCGCUGCUUUUUCCAAACAUGUCCCCAUCUUCUCACCGCAGUCACGGCACGCACGCCUACCUUCACCUCCUGAGCUGUAUCACAGGUGUGUGGAGCAGUCAGGUGUUGGUACCACAGAGGGUGAGCGCUGUGCUGGGGAAGAAUGUGACAUUGGAGUGUAGGGUGGAGGUGGGAACAAAUCUUACUCUCACGCAGAGUUCCUGGGAGCGUCGUCUACCAUCAGGCUCUGUCACGGUGGCUGUGUACAACCCACGCUAUGGCAUCUCCAUCCCUCCAGAGUUCGGCCAGCGCUUGUAUUUUCGUUCGCCUUCCUCUCAUGAUGCCACUAUCGUACUGGAAAAUGUUGGCUUUUCUGACGUCGGGAUCUAUACCUGUAAAGUUGCUACAUUUCCUCUGGGAAACACUCAAGCUUCCACUACUGUCAAUGUGCUUGUGGAGCCGAAGGUAUACGUCUCCGCAGGUUCAACUGCCCUGAUCGAUGAUGGCAAUGAAACGGUGGUGGCCACCUGUAUUGCAGAGCGGGCUCGCCCCCCUGCAGAGGUGUCCUGGGAGUCCAAUCUUUUCGGUCAGUCAGAAGUGCAGCUGUUUGAUGAGGUCAACGGCACCACCAGCACACAAGUGCGCUACCUGUGGCAGCCCACGCGCCACGUCCAAGGUCACACGCUCACAUGUGUGGUCCGCCAUCCGGCUCUGCCAAGGGACUUCAGGAUCCCCUACCAGCUCAAUGUACAGUUCGCCCCUGACAUCUCAGUCGUGGGUUAUGAUGGAGAUUGGUAUGUGGGUCGGGAAAACGUUCAAAUGACGUGCAAAGCUAACGCAAACCCACCAGCCCAUCACUUCAGAUGGAUUAGAUUGGACAGUGAAAUGCCAGAAGGGGUGGAAAUAAUAAAUAGCACUUUGCUCUUCCUGCGUCCCCUCCAGCGGAAUGACUCUGGAGUAUACAGGUGUGAGGUUGCCAAUGACAUCAACCUCCGCAGUCGGGAUGUGCGCAUUCUCAUACAAGAUCCUCCCACCAUGCCUUCCACCAUUACUGCUCCUGUCCUAGCUGGCACUGCCUCCUCCACCUUAGUGGAUGAUAAGGGCCAAGUCCUCCUCAGCUUCCCCACACUUGAAGCCCUGCCUGAGAGAAAUCUUGGUUCCAUAGUGGGUGGGGCUGUGGGUGGGGCCUUGUUCCUGCUGCUGUUGUUGUCUCUGGUGGGUGUGUAUUACCUCCGCAAACAGCAGACCUUCCACGGGAAUUACUACACCAAGCAGUACCUGGGUCCCAGUGACCUCCAGACUGCCCCCACGCAGCACGAGCUCCGCCCAACCAAGGCUGGCGGCAGCUCCAACCAUCGAGACCAAGACAGAGAGGAGUGGGGCGACUGCCAACUCAAACAUGAACGUGACCGCCAUCACCAUAGCAACUAUAACGGAGAGGUCUACCCCCCUAAUGGCUACACUAGAGCAAUGAGGGAGAGCAGUCAGCACAGUCGUCAGCAGAAUCACCAGAUUGAACACUCACAGUAUUCUAGUCCUCGAAAGGCCAAGUACCCUCAUUCACCCAAACUAGAGGGAAAUGGCUCCCCCUACCUGUCAGAUGACUGCUACGAUAGCGGGCCCGAUGGCGAAUAUGUGUCUCACACAGACGGCUCAGUCAUUUCACGCAGGGAGUGGUAUGUUUGACAGGAGCAGGUUUCAUUUGUGAAAAUUAGGGAGCAUUAGGAUUCCUGUUCAUGCACAUACACUCUUCUGUAAUUCCCUUGUUUUGUAAGCGUCCUGGUUGAC